AUGGCCGGUCGCGAAUUGAAGGCGCUGUUGAACAGUGGCGAUCAGGGCGCUACUUACACUGCUACGAUCUCGAUCGCUGGCGCCACUGUGGAGCUCCCCCCCGAGCAGAGGAAGUGCUUCGCCGAUGAUAAGCAUCCCUUCACCACGACCUCCUUCGACUUCCUCGCCUGCGCCACGCAUCGCCAAGCCAAUUGCCAGGACAUUGACCACUUGCGGCAAUAUGCGAAACGCGCCGCGGAGGAGCUCGCGUUCAAGUCUAGGUGCGGGAUUGCGGACGGUCACAGGGGGGAAGCUCACGGUAAUGAGGGUUUGAGGUCGCACGAACAGCCCGUGGGAUCACAUGUUUCAGGCCGCUACGAACUCGCUCUAAAUACUGCUUUCGCGCUCGCGAAUGCAGGGGAGGGGGCUGAAGUGACCGCGGAACCCGGGAAGCCGGACAACAAGGAGGAGGGCUCGAGCUCUGACCGUGACGAGGAUGACCCUGAGAACGCGCAUCAGGGUGGACGUGACAAGAAUGCAGCGGAAGAGGCAGAUGGCCAGGGUCGCGGACAGGUUGAAGGGGAUGCAGCGAAGCGCGAUGAUGUCGCGAUGGAUAACCAGGGCGGUGAUUUGGAGCUGGAGGGUUCGGACGAAAUGGAGGAAGAGGACGACGAAGAGGAGGAGAAGGAGGAGGAGGAGGAGGAGGAGGAGGAGGAGGAGGAGGAGGAGGAGGAGGAGGAGGAGGAGGCAGAGGAGGAGGAGGAGGAGGAGGAGGCCGAGGAAAUCGCGGUGAACACAGAGGGGCGGGCUGAGGUCGCGGUCACGGGUGCAGGAAAGAGUAUUCGCAGUCUACAUGCUGCGCUGUCCCCCCGUUUAGGAAGCGCGACCCCAUCAUGCGAGGUCGCGGGCAAGAGCCCGGUCGCGGGAAAGCGGAAAUACGCGGAGCUGGUCAAGAUGCAGCCUGGUAAGUUGGCCGAGGAAAUCCUCCGCUUGGACGAGCAGAGUUACGAGGAGCUCGCGGCCACGGUGGAGAAGGUGCUGCAUCAUCUCCAGAACGCGGAAUGGGCAAUAGUCAAGGAGACCAAAGCUGCCGCAAAGGACAGGGCAGAGAAUCACGACCUGAGGGAGAAGAAGUUGACGGACGAGGUCGCUCGGAAGAUUGGCGGCGCGUCAUCCAACAUUGUGGCCACCUUCGAACGCGCGAUCACAACAAGCGGCGUCACCAACGCUCUCAACACCGUCAUCGUCCUGCUUUCCGGUCGUGAGGCUCCGCGACCAGGCACAGAUGGAUCGCAGGGGAAGGGAUCAGACGAGGUCGCGGAGAAAGAGGCAGGGAAAAGGGGCACGGAGAAAGAUACAACGAAGAAGGAGACAAUGAAGAAGCCGCGGACAAGGAGACAGGUAAGAGGGUCGCUGACAAGGAGACAGGGAAUGAGCAAGGGGGGCGCGGUAGAUCUGCGUCCAGGGCUGCUCCCGAGGGGAACCACCAAGGGGGAUGCUGCUGCGGGACCACCGCCUGCCCCCUCGGCAGUGGAAGCUGGUAAAGGCAAGGCUAAGGUCGAGGACGCCCUGCCGGCCACCACCACCGCGCUAGUGCCCGCGGCAGGCAACACCACCGCGGUCGCGCCCGGGCAACCUGGACCCAGCUCCACCGCCCCUGCAAUCCCCCCAUCCGCAGAUGCCAAGGUGAAGAAUCAGGGUCGCGGUGGUUGUAAGCUGCCUGCAGGCGCGUUGAAGGUGGACCACGACUACGACGACGACUCGGACGCGGACGACGUGGUUCAGCUGGUGCUGCAAAGGCUCGUAGGGCCGAGCGACAACAGCGGCACUAGCGGCAAGCGCAAGGGAUGUGGUAUCCGCGCGCUGCCCAGGGGUGUAGAGGGGAUGGUGGGCGAACCGUGGCUGGGGGGGAGACGUCGCUGGCUAGGACUUCACUUCCUCCAAGAGGUGCAGUACCUGACUGCGAUCGCGGUCAUGUGUUACGACAAGAAGAUAGACCCCGGGCUCAAGCUGACUGCGCAGCAGAAAAGUGAGUGGGCCGAGGACAUCUCUGCGGUGGGCAAGGAGGCGGCAGACGAGGAGCCCGAUGUCACCGGCGCCUAG